CCAGCAGGGAUCUGCAUGAAGAACUAAAGUCCGUUGGCUGCAAAAACACAACAACAGUCUUUGGAAAAACAAAAGCCAGUAAAAUGAAUAGUCUCUAAUCACCCCCAGGAUUUCCGCCCUGAGAUAAGGCCUUGCAGCAGUGGACAGUUACCCAAGUCGAGGUUUGAGAGGGAGAUCCGUUGACCACGGGUUGCUCCAUUGCAACAAUGAUUUGAUGAUUACGAGGACUAGUAGUAGUAGCAGGAGGUGCCGAAUUGUUUGUGGUCGCUGUUCCCGAAAUCAAAGGAUGCGGCAAUCGCUGUUAGUGAGCACGCUGCUCAUCCUUCUAACCAUGCUGCUGCUCAAAGUUAGAGCACAACCAGGAGCAACCGCAGCGGGAUCGGCGAAGACGGCGGCGUCCAAUGACCGGUUGUCGAAGCUCAAUGAGUACAUGACAGCGGCGGGUCGAGCAGUGAAUUUUUUUGUCCGGCAUUCUCACAGGAUCACACUGGACGGAGUGUACGCAUUGCGAAUAGCACAAGUUCAUUUCAGAGCAAUGGAGAGUUUUCUAAAGAAGAUGGAUCGGCCGCCUCUCCCGCAGGAGGAGCUGAGAUCAUUCGUAUCGCUGGCUGAUAAUGUGGAUAAUCUAGUGACUGUCGGAGUGCAGUCCAAUAGGCAUAGCAAGUCACCGAAGAUGCGCGAUUACUUCCGUAGAAUGGGCUACGUUCUGGAGGCUCCAAUGGCUUCCUUUUCACUGUCACAUAUACCCAAUAUGCUUCUCUCCACGCCGGUGUUGGACAGAGUGGAGAAGCCGGAUUUCACCGAGGAGAGCAGCGAUCUGUGCAUGAGUGAGAUCAUCGGCACCGGGCCUACUCAGAGAAGGUGUACCUUAUCCCCAGACUGCGUGCAUUUCAUGCUGGAGCCUAGAGGAGCACGAACUAAGGGAUAUGUACUAACUCAUCAGCUGCUCUUUGCACAGCUAUCUCUCAGUCUCGGUUGUGAGGAGGUUUACGAGAAAGCCCUGCGUGUCUUGGCCAAGGAGCAUCCAUCCGACGUGAAGACGGCUACGUCCAUGCGGCAUUUAUUCAGCGUUGGCUGCGCCAAUGUGUACCUUGAGAUGAACAAGACGGUGUCGGAUAGCGAAGCUUCGAAGGAACCUAUAGAUUCCAUAGCGCAGGAUAUAUUUCUGGAGCAAGGAACAAUCUGUACGUAUUACGGCUACCCAGCAAUGGUUCCCGAUGCAUGGCUUGCCAAGGCACUUCAAUUCCAGACCGGUCUUGGCUGCCUUGACGAUGGAAGGCGCAUAGCAGCCAAUGCCGGUGAAGACCUGGUGAAGUAUGAUGUAGACCAGGAAGUCUCGGCUGAUGAACGCGCUGAGUGGAGCAAGCGGCACGCCCGGGAAAUCAGUGAAUUUACCAUGUCAAGAAGUCGUGCAACUGGACGUAAACUUAUGUAUGAUAGGCAAAUGCCAGAUGGUUGCAGUCAACACAGCACGGGGCUGUUUGUCUCCUACCUGGCUGGUAAGAUGCGUUACAUGACUGAGCUACUGGCACAUCGCCAUCGCCAUGACCUCUCCAAGUCCGGCUGGCUGAAAGACUACGAGACGAGGACGAAGAACCAGGAGGCUGGCUCCCUCUUCGCAGGGGGAGUAGGUAGGGUCAAGAGUGCAGCAGGCUACUUGAGCGGAGGACUGGAGCGUCUUCUGGCUGCACUGAAGGAAAGCUACUACACAUAACGUUUCGUUGCAUACUCACGCGGUAUGUCGUAUUGUCUGAGUAACACUUCCUCCAUUAUCUUCGGCACAAAACACAAGCCGGGUUUGCAGGCAGAACAUUCAAGUAUUUUAAUACAAAUUAUACAAAACAUUUUUAUUAUAAGACUCAGAUGGCAUUUUUUAUAUCGUCUAAUCAGGUGUACAUGUAUCAGCAGAGAGCAGAUGUUUCUACUUCAUCAUACAAGCACUAUGCAGCUCAUUAACCUUCAAAAUGCGCUCCUUCCCGUGUGUAUGCAAUAUGCUAUGGAUAUGCAUAAUUCAAAGAAUGUGGUGCAUAGUUCCAUGAGCACAGCACA